AUGAAGCUGUGGAUUGUACUACUGGCAGUAAUAUGUACCAGUUGGUUAUCCAUAGUUGAGAAACGGCCCCGCAUCACUACCAUACAAAAUGAAAACAAGCCUAUUGGUAUUUUUAGGGAGGUGAGAUUCACCACCCAAGGUGCCAAUAGAAGAUCCUAUCAGAUAUUUAUGAAUGAACUGUAUGAUGCCUUGACAGAGCGUGCAGAUAACGGCGGAGUUAUACCAGUAUUGCCAUCUCCGUUGCCGGAGCCUGAUGAUCACCGACAAUAUGUUCUGGUGGAACUAUCGAAUGAGUACCAAUAUUCCGUUAAAUUAGCUUUGAAUGUCAGCGAUGUGUAUAUCUUGGGUUAUCAUCCAGGUGAUAGUGAUACUUCCUACUUUUUUGAUGGAGUUGCGGAGGAUGUACGUAAUGCUUUGUUCCCAGACAGCACUGUAAGAAGAGAUCUUCCAUAUACUGGCAUGUAUGGGUCACUUGAAAAUUUUGCAGGAGUGAAUGACAGAAGAGAUAUUCCUUUGGGAAUCGGCGAACUACAUCAACAUAUAAAUUAUAUGAAUAUUAUAACCCAACCUGAUAGCAGCACCCUCGCAAAAGCCCUUCUAGUUUGUAUCCAAAUGGUUUCAGAAGCUGUGCGAUUGAGAAACCUCCAGCAUAAAAUACUUGAAGUUGCAGAUCCUGAUGCAGAUGGAAAUUAUGGAGUGUAUUAUCCAGAUCUACUAAUGACUCAGUAUGAAGGUGCCUGGGGAAAGAUCUCCGAAGCCGUCCAAUCUACAACAAAUGGAAUCUUUACAAGACCAGUUUCUUUAAAAAAAAGUGAUCGUGAAUUUUUCGAUUUGAAAAGCGUAAAAGAAGUGAUUUUCAUAGUUGGAAUAAUAUCAAAAGAAUGCAAUGAAAGAGGAAAUGUGCAGAUUUUUCCAACUUCAACAUCAGCAUCUGAGUCUCCUUCUUUGUUGCCUAUACCUAUGAGAUCUACCAGCUUGGAAAGCAACGAUGACACUUGUGAAAUAGCGUUAGCACCUACCUCGUAUAUUACUGGACGAAAUGGUCUGUGUGUUGAUGUAUACCAGGAAAGCUAUCGUAAUGGAAACAAAAUAAUCUUAUCGAAAUGUGGACAGAAUAAGGCCAGUCAACUGUGGGAGUUAAGAAUGUAUGACAACACAAUCCGAUCCGGCGGAAAAUGCUUAACCACUAGCUAUGUGAUGAUCCAUGAUUGUGAGACGGCUAUCUCUGAUGCCACCAAAUGGGAAAUUCAAAGCGAUGGAGCCAUAAGAAAUCCCAAAUCUGAGCUUGUUUUGACAGCAAGCGAAGAUAGUUGGGGUGUGAUUAAUCUGGUUGUUGAUAAAAAUAUUUAUGCUUCUAAACAAACUUGGUAUGCCAGCAAUAUCACGAAGCCACCAGUGACCACCAUUGUUGGUUACCAAGGUCUUUGCUUGCUAGCAUUUCAAAGUUCGGUGUGGCUGGAGUUUUGUGUAAGUUACAAUAUUGAACAACAGUGGGCAAUAUAUCCAGAUGGUACCAUCAGGCCCCCAAAGAACCAAGAUGGGUGUCUCAAAUAUGCAAAUGCAGAAGAGGACGUAGUCCGCGUGGGAACAUGCGAUGGAGGGGCUGAGGAAAGGUGGCGAUUUCAGAGUGAUGGCACAAUUUUGCACGUAAUGACCAGAAAAGUUAUGGAUGUGAAAGAUACCACUGCCAUCCUUCCUGAGAUUACAGUCAAUAAUUACAACAGACGAAAUACCCAAAUUUGGUUUCAAGUGUAA